AUGUCGUCGUCUGACUCUUCCAACCGGAGCAACCACGGCGAUGCCAUGAUGGCAGACCCCCCUUUCGUUGUCCACAUCAACGACUUGAUGAUCUCUGCCGACAACGCUCCAGCUUUGAAUGAGGGCGCUCCCAACACUGCGACUGACCCAGUCGCCGAGAACGAGGGUGCUGCCAACACUGGCGCUGGUGAAAUUCCAGUGCAGAUCAAUCCGAACCUGAUCAAUGGGCGACCACGAAGCCAGCACCUAUGGGUUCGCCGUUUUCGAGACGGGUUAAGGAGGGACGGCCCUUGUACGAUCUACUAUAUUGCAGCCGUCAAGAUUUUUCGAAGCGAAGCAAAUCUCCCUAACGGGAUUUUGAACCUUUUGACCAGAUGGCUCACGAUGGGCAUCGAGCCUGAGCAACAGACACCGGCACAGCGACUCGAAUGUCGCAUGCGCGAGCGCAUCUUGGACUUGAUGCGAAAGGCGGCGGCUCAGCUUGGAAUUAACCACCAAGAUCAUGAGGCCGUUCCCGAGGGGCGAAGGGUCAUGGAGAUUCAGUACCUUGAAACAUCUAUUUCCAGAAGCCGCGCUGCUCGAGCUAAAGAGUGA